UGCGCGCUCGGCCGCCUGGAGAAGCUGUACGUGAGCGGCACGGGGCUGCGUGAGCUGCCCGAGGAGAUCGAGGAGCUGCGCGAGCUGCGCAUCCUGGCUCUGGACUUCAACAAACUCGAGCGCCUGCCCGACGGCCUGUGCCGCCUGCCGCGCCUUACGCGCCUCUACCUGGGCGGCAAUCGGCUGCUGGCGCUGCCCAACGACUUCGCGCAGCUGCAGAGCCUGCGCUGCCUCUGGAUCGAGGGCAACUUCCUGCGGCGCUUUCCGCGGCCGCUGCUGCGCCUGGUGGCGCUGCAGUCGCUACAGAUGGGCGACAACCGGCUGCGCGCGCUGCCCGCCGACCUGCCACGCAUGACGGGCCUGCGCGGCCUCUGGCUCUACGGCAACCGUUUCGAGGAGUUCCCGCCCGCGCUGCUGCGCAUGGGUCGCCUGCACAUCCUCGACCUGGACCGUAACCGCCUGGGCGGCUUCCCCGACCUGCAUCCCCUGCGCGCCCUGCGCGUCUUCUCCUACGAUCACAACCCGGUCACUGGGCCCCCGCGCGUCGCAGACACCGUCUUCCUCGUAGGCGAGGGCGCCGUCGAGCGCAUGGCGGAGCGCGACGAGCCCAUCCCCCGGCCGCCACCCCGGCGCCCUGUGCCAGCCUUUGAAGAUGAGGAGGAAGAAGACCUGCUUAUAGGGGGCGGUGGCUCCAGGGUUCUGGGGCCUUCUGGGAGCAACCUCCGCGCCCUGGAAGCCGCUCCAGGACUGGGCACCUGAGCCUGUGUUCUGGGUGAUGGUCUUGGGCUUCUCUGGGAGGAGGGGCUCUGGGAAGGUCCGUGAGAGCGGUGGGCAGAGGAGGGGCCACUUUGGGUGAGCUGCCGGGGACAGGCAGGCCUGGAGGCCAUCUUCAGACACUCCUGGGUAGUAAGGAGACUGCCUUCUGGCUGGUCUCUGGGCAGUCGUCAGACCAAGAAGUCCGGGCUCCAUCCAGUCCCUUGUGUUUUUGUCCUGUCCCUGAUGGCGUCACUGACAACACUCUAGAGGCUCCGGCUUCUACCUGGAACCAGGGUCAGCACCCUCUGCGGAAUCGUCACCUGAGCUGAGUCUGGAUGCCCAGGGUGCCCACCACCGUCCCUUUCUCCUCCAGGAAUUUGGAUCUCCUAGACUUACCCUUUCUGGUGCAGGAGCUGCUACCUCUGGGUGGACCGCAUGCCUGUGCAAGGCAGGACUGCCUGCCCUUGGAGGACGGCUUGGCCCAGGGGUCUGGAGGGACUGGUGCCCAGGACCGAAGUUGGAAACUGGGACUGGGGCCCCAACACCGCAGCUGCCCUUGCCCCUCCUUUGGGGCUCAUCGUACAUACCUCCCUCCCCAGGCCCCCCAAAAUUUGUAUGGGGAAGGGGCACUCAGGAGGCAGGGUCUCCACCUCUGUCUUUUAUUCAGUCCUCUCCUUCCAGCUUGUGCCUAGAAAUAUGCUGGGAAAAGAGCUCUGCCUUCUUUCUCCACAGCCUGAACCCUCCAGCUGUCAAUUUUGAAAAGAAGCCACUGCGCCUCUAGGCCUCCUGCACAGAAGAGAGGGGCUCUCUGCCCUGGGAGGCUGUCUCAGUGCCUCUCCCAUUGCCUGCACUCCCCAUGCCCUUAAAUGGGCACAGUCAGUGUGGCUGGCACGGCGUGGGGCAUGGGACGAGCACUGUGUGCCUCUACUCCGUCACCAGGGACAGCCUCAAGGGGGUGAGAGUGGAGUCUCGCUCUGCAAUUCCCAGGGCCGGAUCUUUCCCACCCAAGCAAUAAUGGGAGGACGGGGCCAGGGCCGGGGACACUCAGGGACACCGUCAGGGCCAGGGGCCCCACAUGGUAGUGUUUUCUUUAGGAAGAAGAAAAAAAAAACUGGCUGUAAACAUAAAA